AUGGCGAAGAAGAGGAAGAAGGAAAGAGCGGCCAAGGAACCCCGCGAGAACCACCACCUCCAUCCACAUCCCCAGCCCUCCAUUUCCACCCGCGAACACAAACGCCGAGACCCUGCCCCCACCACCGGCUCCGGCUCCGAAUCGGACCCCUCGCCGCCGUCCACUCCGGACGCCGUUCGCCGCCUGGUCGAUCCCUACUCGAAGCCCCGCCUUCUCGCCAUCCUCGCGGAGGCGGCCACGGCCGACCCCGCGCUGCGCGCCCGCCUCGGCGCCGCCGCCGCCGCGUCGCCCUCGCACCGCCGGCUCUUCGUCCACGGCCUCCCGCCGCACGCCGACGGCGCCGCGCUCGCGGAGGCGUUCUCCCGCUUCGGUCCCCUCGCCGACUGCCACGCCGUCGCGGACCACCGCGCCUCGGGGUCGUCGGGCCGCUGCUGCAAAGGGUACGGCUUCGUGUCCUUCGCCUCCCGCGCCGCCGCCCGCCGCGCGCUUCGGGAAGCUCCGCGCGUCACCGUCGCCGGCCGCCCCGUCUCCGUCCAGUUCGCGUCGGCCGGCCCCGACCCGUCUGGCGGGGGCGGGGGCGCCGGGCGGCGGGUGUACGUGACCAACGUCGCGCCGGACGCCAGCGCGGAGCGGCUGCGCGCGUUCUUCGCGCGGUUCGGGGAGCUCGAGGGCGGGCCGUUCGGCUUCGACGCCGACACCGGGGCGUCCCACGGGUACGCACUGUUCGUGUACCAGGCGGCGGCCGGCGCCGCGAAGGCGGUCGAGGAGCCGUACCGCGUGUUCGAGGGGCGCACGCUGCAUUGCCAGCUCGCCAACAAACCCGCGCCGAAGACCAAGGCACCCGUGGCGCCUCCGCCGGCGGUGGUGGCAGCUUCGGCUGCCGGAACGCCACCACCGCGGGCGGUACGGCCACCCGCGCGGCAGCUGGUGCUUGAUGCCGCCGCGGCCGCCGGCGUGGUAGACCUUGCAGCUUACGCUCGUGACCCAUCACAGGCUGCAGCGUUGCUUGGCCAGAAUCCUGCUCUUGCGGCUGCAGCAUUGAGCACUGCAUUGGCGUCCGGGGAUGCCGCUGCCAUUCCUGUCACUCCGGCAGCUGUGUCUGUGCCAAUGGAAGUAGCAGUGGCCUGGCCCUCGCCAAAACCGGCGGCUGCCGUAACAGUGGCACCAUCACCAGUGAUGGCUGGUGUUCGACCCUGUGGAGGCCCAGGACUGCUUGGGCCAUACAAACUGCCAUCCUUGCCAGUGGUGUCAUCCUCAUCAGGGAGGAAAGGGACACUGAUGAGCACCUGA